AUGAUUCGAGCGCAACCUUUCCGCCACCUUGCACGUUUGCGGCCACGCACUCGCAUCCGCAUCCUGCACACCUCGCCUCCGCAAGCUGGACUCUGGUCGGCGCUAACCGCACUCUUCGAACCCUUGGCGACGAUGGAGGCAGAGGGGCUAUCGCCUAUCCCGCCUCCUCCGGCGACGAGACGAUUGGAUGCGGGGGACGGACCACUGGUGUGGAUCGACUGCGAAAUGACUGGCCUCACCACGGCUGACCAACUGCUCGAAGUGGCGUGCAUCAUCACCGAUGGCGACCUCACCCCGCUCGACGGUGGAGUGAGCUAUGUGAUCAAAACCCCGAAAGAUGUGCUGGAUAAUAUGAACGCCUGGUGCGUGAGGCAGCAUGGAGAGUCGGGCUUGACGGCAGAGUGUCAGUCGGAUUCGUCGCACCCACAUGCCUCGGUGCGUGCAGCCCUGCUAGCGUAUGUGAGGGAUAGAGUCCCCACACCCAACGCUGCCUGUUUGGCAGGAAAUACAGUCCACGCCGACAAGGUAUUUCUGGUCAAGGAAAUGCCAGAGCUGGUACAGCAUCUGCAUUACCGCAUCGUCGAUGUUAGCAGCAUCAAGGAGCUCGCCAAAAGGUGGUACGGUCAAGAUGCGCUGUACAAGCACCCACAACAGUCUAAGGGUCAGGCGCACAGAGCGCUGUUCGACAUCAACGCCAGCAUCGACGAGCUCAAGUGGUACAGGCAGACACUCUUCAAACCAAACACCGCCUAA